CCAGCACAAAAAUAUUAAAUGAAAUAUUACUACUACUUACCUAAACAUGUCCUUAGAAAAUAAUCCACAAAUAUUGUCUCUUAUACAAGCAGUACGAAAGAAUAAAGUCUUGUAUGAUACUCGGCAUGAAAAUUACUUGGAUGCAGACCCACGUACGAACAGGAUUUGGGAAGAUGUUGCGCUGGAAUGUGGUUAUGAUAAUGGCGCCGAUGCGGAAAAAGCAUGGAAAGAUCUUAAAACUUAUUUUAUGACAAACUAUCGCAAUAAAUUUGUAACAAACGAUCUUGAAAAAAGUAAUGAAAGCGGGUCUGAUGAUUCAAAUUGUUGGGAUUACUAUGGUGAAAUGCGUUUCAUACUACCGUUUAUAGCGGUAAACACAGAUUUGGGAGAGAACUUUUUGAAUAUAAGCAAAAGCAAAAAAUUAGAAGGUAGUAUUCAGCCAAUAACCAUAUCGUCAGUAAGAGCAUCUGCUGCGACCCAAACACCUUUGGAGAACAUACGUAUGGAUAUACCGGCCAUUUGUGAGGCAAACAUGACAGAAAAUGAAGUAUGUUUGCGAAAUUAUUUCGAUGCAAUAUACCGUGCAACGUGUACUUUACCAUUAAAAUGGCAAAAUAAAGUUAAGCGAGACAUGUUACAAUCGCUAAAUUCGGCAGAAAUUUUAGCUGACGCUGAUAAAAGGACGUUGCUCAGGGCGAAACAGCAAAAUAGUUGAAUACACAAACGCUAUGUUUUUUUAGUUAUGUGCAAAAUAUGGAUACAUUCGUUUUUAAUCUCUCAACUGUGCUACAUGCCAAGAACAAUUACAGCUUGUUGUAAGGCUGUAAGUCUGUCGAUACACCAACAACAAUCACAGCUUGGUUAAACUGAAAUUUGAUUAUUAUAAUCAUCAGUGAAAAGAUUUAUAAUAAUAUGCAGUUAUCUUUGCUACAUAAAACAGGAACUUCGUGAAAGAUCUUACCUAGUUGCACACAAAAUUAUUCUUAUUACAUUUGACAUAAUCAGCUGUUUGCUGACGUCAGGCUAGCAAAAGUUAAUGAAGUUUUGUGUGUGUGUUUUAAGGCAUAUUUUCACUACGUAAAAUAAUGUGUAAUUUUAACAAAAGUAAUAAUUUAUUUUAAAAGAUAUAAUGUAACAACAAACAAAAUAUAGUGCAUUGUAAAAUAAUUUAUAUAAAAAUGAAAUGUGCAGUUGCCAAUUGUCGCAGCGACAAUCACUCAAAAGCCUCCAAUUGUAGCUUCUACAUUUUCCCUUCGAAUAUGGAGUUGGCAAAAAAGUGGGUGGAAUUUUGUAGGCGAAAAGACUACUUUAAUCCAAAGACUAGUUUUAUAUGCAUGAAGCAUUUCACUCGCGACGACUUUGGGAACAGUCUUCAAUUCGAAAUGGGAUACGCUAGGAAUCGAUUGUUGAAGCGUGGCGUUGUACCAUCAAUUUAUGAAAACUCUUCUAAAGGAUCGGAGACAAAAACUACGACUGGCCAGCGUUUGCUCGUCCAUGAUACUCCCACUGCUGAAAGAUCAGAGCCCUGCGUAAAAGAAAACUUAAAAAUAAUAAAUUUCGUGAAGACCAAUCCGUUGGUAUACACUAGUCUGUCGAUGAAGGUGCGAAAUGCAAUUUGGCAGAAAAUUGACACCGCAUGUGGAUUUAAAAAACAUGAAUCCAAAAAACGUUGGGAGCGACUGCUUAGCGACUUUUAUGUGCAUAUACUUAAAGUGUCCCAGAAAAGACCACCAAACGACGGACUGCCAACACCUAAUAACGGAAGCAUCAAAUUUCAUGACUAUCGCUAUUUCAAAGAAAUGCUUUUCAUGAUGCCCUUUAUCAAAAGCAUUGUGGGCGAUGCUAAAUUAAAAGCGAUACAAGAAGAAAUAAAAAAGAAAGAAAUUCUUACGGCUGAUAUGCAAGCAAACAGAAAUAUGGAGUCAGAAACAGAGUUGAAGACGAUUGACAUCAGUGAAGAUAUUGCUGAAGACUCUGAGAAACCUUCCACAUCCAAAUCGCUUACAGUUACAUCACACAAAAAAGCACGCAUGGAAUACGUAACUGAUAAACAAAAAGAUGAAAGUCCUAUCGAAAUAAAAAUCGAUAACAAGGUUUACAAAAUUCAAAUGUGUACUUCAGAAGACUCAGAAUCUCCUAAUUAUGAUUUUCAAAUAAAACAGAGUAAGUUAAAUACUUUACGCACAAAAUCACAUCAUACAUGUUCAACAAAUGCUGCUACAACUACUUUAACGACAACAGACACUAUGACGGAACGUAAGCAGGCGACGCCCUACGAGAACUUAUCAUCAGAAGAAAAGGGCUUGAAAGCAUUUUUUGACGCAAUGUUAGGUGCAACACAACGGUUACCUGAAUUUCAUCAGCGUCGCAUUAAGGGGGAUUUGGUGAAAGCGUUACGACAUCAAGGAGUCAACAUAACGGAAUAGUAUAAUAUAAUAGUGUCAUAAAACAGUAUUACAUCUUUUCUUUUAGUUUAAUUUUUUUAUUUGUAUUCUAAGAAUCUUUGAUAUUGUGCAAGAAAUUGACUUGAAAAAAAUUAUUUUCGAAAAAACCGUUUUGAAACCGUUUAUUAAUAAGCAGUGUUCGGAAAUUACGUAGUUGAGAUGUGUACUUAUGUAUGUAUAUAAUAUAUCCUGAGUUCAGAAUUG